AUGAUAGUCCUUCACCUUUUCCAUGUCAUCUUGCUCCUACAGAAAGCCGUGGUGCACAGUGUUCAAAGAAAGCCUCACUGUGACCGCACAAAAGUGGUGCCCUUGGGAAUUUCGCAAGUGUUCAUGCGCGACGUGAAAGCAACAGGUACUUGCGACGGAUGCUCGUGUGGAUCAGAUAAGGCGAUUUGGGGCGUUCCGUCGGGUCAACAAUCAGGCGCUAAGCUUCUCGACUUCGGUAGUGCUAUUGCUGGUGAGGUGACUCUGGAAAUGGUGGUUGCUUCCUCGUUCAAUGUGGAGGAUGUGGCCAUGACCCAUACUACUGACCCUCUGCAAGGAUGCAUGGUGAUGACGACCUGGGCCGGUGGCGAUCCAGGCCAGAUGUCCAGGUAG